AUGGCCCAUCAGUUCCUCAGCUUUGCCGCCUCCCUGCUGCUUAUCCUGGCCCCCGCCUGGGCCGGCAUCAUUGCCCAGCCGACCAUCGGCUACUACGGCGACGAGCACGCCGUUGCCCACACCCAGCAGAACGUGGUGCGUAGCUUCGACGGCACCGUCUCGCACUACGCCAAGUCCGUGGCCACACCGUACUCCCAGGUGCACAAGCAGGACACUCGCAUCAGCAACAAUGUCUACCAGCCGGCGAUUGCCAAGACUGUGACCUACGCCGCCCCAGCCCAAGCUGCUGUCUACAACCAUCACGCCCAUCCGGAGCCUCAGCUCUUCACCCAGGCAGCUCCUCAGGCCGCCGUCUACCAUCAGGCAGCUCCUGUGGCCAAUGUCUACCACCAGGAAGCUCCUCAGGCCGCCGUCUACCAUCAGGCAGCUCCUCAGGCCUCUGUCUACCAUCAGGCAGCUCCUCAGGCUUCAGUCUAUCACCAAGCUCAGCCCGCCGUCAUCCACUACUCACCGGCAGAGUCCGUUUCCCACAUGAGCUUCGAUGGCUUCGGCACCCAUUGGGGAUUCUAA